CGCGAGGCGGCGGGCUGGCCACCCAAAAGCUCGGGGCGCCCAUGCUCCGACCAUUGCUCCCGCCGCUAGCUCGUCUCCGGCCCCUGCCUAUUCAUUCGUCUCUCCCAGCAGCUCACCGUCGUGCCUCCUCCAUCGGCAUCCACCCGGCCGAGAGCACAACGUGUACCGUCUCUCCCCAGCGUGCGCGCGCGCGUGGUCGGAGGCUGCCGUCGCUCGCGUCGGCCGCCCCCGCCGGCCAGCGAGAGCGAGGGACAACGACCGACCGACCGACCAGCUCGAGGUGAAUGAACAGCCGCAUACCGUUCCUCCAGAAAAUGCACCGCUGGAUCAUCCCUAGCUGCGGCGACACCCGCCAGCCGCGCCCUUCCUCCCGCCAUCGAGGUAUGCACCAUGACCUCAAGGAGCUGGCGUCUGUAAAAUGCUCGACGUAUGUGAUCUGUGCGUUCCCGAUCGCGCGCGGCGCACGCGUGCAGAUGCGUUCCCGAGGCCGGCGUCGGCGUCGGCGUCGGCGUCGGCGGCCCCGUCCCCUCAGAAGCUGAGGAAGGUGGGGUCGGAGGGGACGCUGGUGCUGUCCGUGCCCAAGGACGUAGAGGAGAUCCGGACCAUGUCGGCGUACGGCCGCCUCAAGCUCUUCACCUACCACGAGCUCAGGAAGGCCACCGGCAACUUCAACCCGGGGCAGAUCGUCGGCGAGGGCGGCUUCGGCGUCGUGUACAGAGGGGUCAUCGACGGCUCCGUGCGGAAGGGCUACCCGUCCACCGCGGUCGCCGUCAAGGUGCUCAACCCGCAGGGACUCCAGGGUGACAGGGAGUGGCUGGUAUGGUCAGGGCUCUGGCACCGAUCCAUCCAUCUCUGCGCGCGUGCAAGCGUCAUGCAUGUGUUCCGGCCAUCCAUCUCCAAUCUCACCCCCGACCCGACGACGUGACGUCCAUGGACGUGCUUGUGCGUGCGUGCAGACGGAGGUGAGCUACCUCGGACAGUACAGCCACCCGAACCUGGUGGAGCUCAUCGGCUACUGCUGCGAGGACGACCACCGGCUGCUGGUGUACGAGUUCAUGGCCAAGGGCAGCCUGGAGCACCACCUGUUCCGCCGCUCCUGCAGACUCUCGUGGACGACGCGGGUGGCCAUCGCGCUCGACGUCGCCAGGGGCCUCGCCUUCCUCCACGGGCCCGACCGCCCCAUCAUCUACCGGGACUUCAAGAGCUCCAACAUCUUGCUCGACGCGGUUUGUUCGUUUUUAUUGCAUGCGUUGGCGUACGAUCGAUCGUCAGUUCACAUUCACCCCGGCCUGCCGGUGCCGGUGACCACCAAUUAUAAAGCACCAGACUCACCACCGUGCCUCUCUCGAUCUGCCAGAAAUUCAACGCCAAGCUGUCGGACUUCGGGCUCGCCAAGGAAGGGCCGAUGGGCGGUGAGACGCACGUGUCCACCAGGGUCAUGGGCACCUACGGCUACGCCGCGCCGGAGUACAUAGCCACCGGUAGGUAUCUCCGAUCCUCCACCACCUCCUUCUUCUUCCCAGACGUAGAUGAGAUCACUGCCUGCCGGCGUCCGGCGCUCGCUGCUGCAACGAUAGUAUGCAAUGCAGGGCACCUGACGGUGAUGAGCGACGUGUACGGCUUCGGCGUGGUGCUGCUGGAGAUGCUGGUGGGACGGCGCGCGCUGGAGCCGAGCCGGGCGGGAGGCCGCGACGGCAGCCUGGUGGACUGGGCGCGGCCCAUCCUUAUCCGGCCCAAAAAGUUGGAGCGGAUCCUGGACCGGCGGAUGGGCGAGGUCUGCUCGGAGAUGGGCCUGCAGCGCGUGGCCCGCCUCGCGUACGACUGCCUCAGCCAGAACCCCAAGGUCCGGCCCUCCAUGGCCAGGGUCGUCACCACGCUCGAGGCAGUCCUCGCCGCCGGUGCCGGUGCCGCCGACGCCGCGCCGCGGUGAGACCGGAGGUUGAUGUAGGUAGUAGGGUCGGCAUACGGAUUAAUUAGGUGCGUACGGGUAUAUGCUUGGGCGGAGGAGGCAUGUUUAAUUUGGUGUAAUCAUUUGAUCGAAUCGAUUAUUCAUGGAGUUUAAAUAUAUUAAAGUUGU